AGACUUCGAGAGGAUCAGCGCUUCAGAGAAAAAAGUUGCAAAGUAGCAGCAAACAAAAUGUCCCAGAGGCCAGUGUGCGUCAAGGACUUUGAGGAGCACGCGAGGAGGGUCCUUCCCAAGUCCGUCUAUGAUUAUUACCGGUCGGGCGCGGACGAUCAGAUUACCCUGGCAGACAACCAGGCGGCUUUCUCCAGAUGGCGGCUCUACCCACGAGUCCUUAGAGAAGUGUCACAUGUUGAUAUUUCUACAACGGUUCUGGGGCAGAAGGUCAGCAUGCCGGUGUGUGUGGCAGCCACAGCCAUGCAGCGGAUGGCACAUCCGGAUGGAGAAAUCGCAACCGUCAAAGCCUGCCAGUCCGCUGGUAUAGGAAUGAUGCUUAGCUCCUGGGCCACGAGCUCCAUUGAUGAGGUUGCCAAAGCGGCACCCGAGGCUGUCCGCUGGCUACAACUCUACAUCUACAAAGACAGAGAGCUCACCAAGUCUCUCGUUCUAAAAGCUGAAAGAGAAGGAUACAAAGGGAUCUUCAUCACCGUCGACACACCUUACUUGGGGAAAAGGAGGAACGACAUACGCAACCGAUUUAAACUGCCAUCCCACUUGAGAAUGGCAAACUUUGAGAUGCCUGAUUUGGCAUUUUCUUCAAAGGAAAGUUACGGGGAAGAUAGCGCCCUGGCUGUGUACGUGACGAAGCUCAUCGACCCUUCUCUCAGAUGGGAGGAUAUCGCGUGGGUGAAAUCGCUUACCAGGCUCCCCGUCGUAGUUAAAGGCAUUCUAAGAGCCGAUGAUGCCAUAGAAGCUGUCACAUAUGGAGUUGAUGGAAUUCUAGUGUCCAACCAUGGAGCUCGACAGCUGGAUUGUGUGUCGUCAACAAUUGACGUCCUCCCCGAGAUCGUGGAAGCUGUUGGUGGGAGAGUAGAAGUCUACCUGGACGGAGGUGUGCGCAAGGGCACCGAUAUAUUGAAGGCUUUGGCUUUGGGUGCUAAAGCAGUAUUUGUGGGACGUCCUGUCCUUUGGGGGCUCGCUUAUGAGGGGGAACAAGGAGUAAGUGAAGUUCUGGAGCUACUCAGAGAAGAAUUUACCCUGGCCAUGGCACUCUGUGGGUGUCAUUCAGUGAAUGAAAUAGACAAAUCCAUUGUAAGAAAAAGCGCAUCAUCUACAUCAAGGAUUUAAAAGGAGAGGAGAAGUCCUGAAAAGCAGUUUUCUUGCAGAUCUUAGCUAUUUUGGGUUAUAAGGUGUUUAUUGAAUUGCAAUCUGAAGUCUUAUAAUAUAAAGGCGACCAUGAGCAACGACAUUUAUCUAACAUAACCUUCUGAAACCCACAUAGUCCAGUUCAUGGGGAGCAGCGCUGGGCACAAGGUAGGAUGGGACAUCAGUCCAUCUCAAGACUCAAUUAUGACAUCCACUGACUUCACCAGCACGAGUUUUGCAGAAGGGAAACUCACAGUACCAGAUAGCAUGCCCACACAGACACAAGGAGGACAUGCAGAUCCCCCAAAAGACAAGGACCAUGCAUAGGAUUCAAGCUGAAGAUGGUGGGUCUGUAAGAGAGCAGCGCUAACAAAACUUGCAUUUUUAUUUUACCUUUGAGAAUGUUGUGUUCUAAUAAAUGUACAAUUUGUUACAGCAAAUUCUGAGGUACCUGCUUCCUUUUAGUUGGCAUACUUGUUAGCAAUAACAACUCACAAAUCCUGAGAUCUCGGUUCAAAUCCCUGCCCAGUUACUGCCUGGGACACCCCCAUGCAAUUUGCUCCCGUAUUACAAAGAUGCGCAGAUAAAGGUGACUGGUGACUCUUAGGGAGAUCUGUCCCUGCCUGGCAAUGCCAGGAUCAACUCAUUUCUAAUGAUAUGCUAUUGGAGAAGCACAGACAAUAAAUGAAUAAAUAAUAAAUAAAUAAAUAA